AUAUUUAAGUUCGUUGUUAAAAAAUCACUUUGAAAACGAUUUCUUCCAAGAUUGUAACACUGAUUGACCUAAACCACUUAGGAUGGGAGAAGGACGGCAAAUAGUAAACACACUUUGACGUUGACCAACCAAACUUAAGCCAAAUUUAUAUACAAUUAAUUUGAAGACAGCAGCCGAAGCUAAAAAUUCUCAGCAAUAAUCGUUGAAACAAUGUUUUUAUAUUAUUUGUCUAUAGUUUAUUCUAGUUACGUCAUGUAUGCUUGAUAAAUGAUGUCAGCGUCAGUUCAGCUAAAUACCGCGGACGAUCGUCAUGUUGGAAAGACGAUGCCGACGAUUAAGCCUAACGUGCUGUAUAGCACUGCUAAAUUACGUAUUGACAGAAGUACCAUUGAGGACUCGGAAAAUUCAAAAUAUGGAUCCACAAAGGACAUAAUGAGAGCACUAAGUAUGGAUGAUAGUAAAUGUACUAAUAACGAUUUGCAAAUCUACAGGCCCAUAAAAUCGAAUUCUCGAACGAGCAAGCGUAGUGUUAUUUUGCACCCACCAUCUCCUUGCGCUGGUGUGUCAGACGAGUGCAUUGCAAUGGUCAGAGCAUGCAGUCAUGAUCAUGAUUAUUCCGGUCAAUCACUGGAAGUGCUAUCUCCUCGAUCUAUGAAUGAUGGUAAAGACGUUUUUAAGCGGCAAAGUAUUUCACCUGGUGUAAUAAUUAAGCGCGAACCGGAUGAAGUUAUAGACGUUUCGUCUCUGGGAGCUUCCAAAGAAAUAAAUAGAACACCUAGGCCUGCAAGAUAUAGACCGGGCAGGAUUGUGUUGGUUCGAAAAGGGUCGAUUGACUUAAAAAGUGUUGCUGGCGCUCAGAAGGAUCUAUCUUCCGCGGCUGUGGAGAAACGGUCAACAGAGAACGUAGUUUUUCAGGCGGAUACCAGAAUCUUAGGAAGAUGCGAAGAACCAAAAGAGCGGCAAUCAGAACGAGAUUCAAGUUUCACUCUACGAAUCGGCAAUGAGUCUAAGAUUUUUAAAGAUUGUAACAAUGAUUUCGAUGGAGACAUAACGUCUCCGAGACCAAGUAUAACCCCUUUUCCACCUGCCGAGAAACGUCGAUCAAGGCGGAGUUCUUCGACUUUCGUAAAAAAAGUAGACCUUGUCAAUGAAGACGCGGUAAAAUUGGACAAAGAAAUCAAAAAGGAGCCCGAUGACAAGGAUAGUGAAAAUUGUAAUGUCAGUAUAGAUUCCGCUUACUCAUCUCUAAAUUUUUCUUCCGCGUCUAAACCACGGACUCCUUCUGGAAAUCGACCGGCUUCUGGAGGUAAAAGAAGCGCCACUUGUGGGCUUACGUCGUCAUCGUCAUCUGGGGCGUCUUCCGAUGAAUGGAGUGACCUUGAAUCUCCAAGAAACCCGCAAUCAAAUUCAACCACAUUAUUAACAGAUCCCGACAAUGCUGCUACAGAAAAAGUCGAUUCAGAUAUUGAAAACGAAUCAAUCACCGUCGGAGUUGUUCCUGACGAUAAAUCGAGGGGGAAAAGUCCUCGUCCUUCCAUAACGGCGUCUCGACAUCAUCGAAAAAUAACGUCCGGCAAAAAACUGAAAAAGCAUUCCGCGCAACAUAAUACGACAGAAGCAACCACAACGAAUCCUAAUACUUAUCAACAGAAAUCACAAGAAAAGAUACAAUUUGUACCGACUCCACCGACAAGAAAGCCCAAGAAAGGAAAAUAUUACCGAUCGGUGCCAAUGCGAUUACGAGCUUUGCCUACUUCGUUCUGGGAGGAACCAAAUAGAACAAACCCUUCAUCUUAUACUAUUCUACCUCCAGUACAACCUUUGUUCCAUCAACAUGAAAAUGAGGAUAUUGCAGAUAUCCGGCCAGUGACGCCUCCAAACGAAAAAGAAACUUCGGGAUCAAGUCGUCAAACUAUAUCUGCUACUGGUUGCGAUCGACCAAGAAAUCGAACAAUUAUAAGAACGGGAGAUACUGAUUUAUUGCUCAGAUUAUUUGAUAAAGUUGAAGCAAAACAGCAAAAUCAAACAGGGAUAAGAGCGAAGCGUGGAAGACCGAAACGUCCAUCAUAUUGUACAAUGACCACUUCUAGGCGGAAUCACAACGACAAUCCUUGUAUUAUGAAUUCAAUAACAGAAAAACUAUUUCCUAAACUAUCUCUGGGUCACCGGCAUCCUAUCGCUGCCAUGAUGACUUCCUCAGCAAUAGCAGCUUCGGCUGCGCUACCUUUACGAUCUGUCUCUGACGCCACCACAGAGGAGCCAACACAGAGUCACGCCACAAAAUUCAACGGAUCUGGUCCUCAAGACUUUAACUCCGCUAUGUUUUUAACGGAAGAUGAUUCACCAAGCUCUAGUUUAAACUUUGGGACCGAGGUUGCAAUGGAAAUGUCUUCAUCGUCCCCAUCGCCGACACUUCAACCGAAACCUUCGCCAAUCCUUCCGCAACUGGUUAUGCAAAAAGAAUAUUCUCAUCUUUUAAAUGAACUGGCUGCAGUUUUAUAGCCAAGCCAUUUUUGCAAAACUAAAUAGUAAGUCUUGGUUAUCUAACUGAAAAAAUCUAACUCGUUAUCGUCCUCUUUUUCGGGUUUCUAAUUCUAGGGUGGAAUCAACAACUCGUUUUAGAGUUUUAUCUCCAACAACUGCACUCAGAGUGCUGUGGAAAUGUAUCUUCAUAAAUAGUACAUUAAUUAGCCUAUUUCGGAAGUUUGAUCGCAAUUGGUGUAAAAAUGGACUUUUUUGACUGAAAUCUACACGCCGAAAUCGUUGGUUAGUUGGUUCUUAAUUAAAUACCUUUGUUCAAGUUAUUAUUCACAAUAUAUCGUUAGAAUUGACUGCCUGCGUUUUAGUAACGUUUAUAAUAGUACAAUUUCACGCCACCACCUCGAAGAAGAUCUCUAAGACUCAAGAGGUAGAGAACUUUUAAAUAAUGCUAGGGAUUUUUGAGUUCAAAGCAGCUCCGCCAAUUGGUCAUAGGGCUGGGCAUUUCGAAUCGAAUAGUAAAUUAUUCGAAUCGGUUUAGAGCAAAAUUUCGAAUCGUCGCCAUCUUGUUUUUUUUCCGCCAAUGUUCGAGGUAAAUUUCUUAUUUUUUCAAAUUUUUUCAACGCAAUUCUAACAUACGACUCUUUUCUGUGGUGAGUUAUUGAUGAAAACGUGUUUUUAUUGUAUGUGAAUGCUGAGCAAUCAGUGAAAUAUUCUACGUUUUCAGUAAUUUAUGUGUCUGGAGAACCUAAUACAAUAAGAAAGUUACAUACAAUUUCAUACCUUCCAAGUAUUCGAGAUUCGAUUCGAUUCGAAAAAAAUAUUCGAUUCGAUUCUGAAAUCAUCAGGUAUUCGGAAAUGCCCAGCCCUAUAUGGUCACAUUCUAGCAAGUAGCAAUAAUUUUAUUCUUUCUAAACACUUGAUAUUCUAUCGUUUUCCUUUUGUCACAUUGAACGUUAAAUAUUGAACCACCUACUCCUUAUGUUUGACCGUUAUCCUACAGCUGCAAUACUAACACUGUUCACUUGACAUACAGCAGGAUAUGUAUAGCGCCAUUAUGGCUCGGUUUAUCACGAUUCAUAAACAUUAGCGUGAAUAUGUUGAACGUCACACAAAAUUCAGUUUUCUCAUUCCAAGACUUUUUUGAAAAGUCAACAGUAUUAUUGUGCCUAAUUUUGCUUCCCCUUUUUCACCCUGCAAGUGUUUAAUUCUACUUUAUCUAUUUUUUCAUUCAAUAAA